AUGAUGAAUAACAAUACACAAAUACUUAUUAGUGAUAAAGAACAACUUGUUUUUCAACCUUUCUCAGUUAAUAAAAAGGAAUUAAUGGUUAAUGUUGCACAUCGUUAUCAACAAAUAAAUUUGCUUUCUUAUGAAAUAAUUUUUAUUGAUUUAAAAGAAAGAAAAUUAAUUGAACCAAUAACUUUUGCAAGUACCUUAAGCAGAACUAAAGUUUUACUCCCUGUUGAAAGGUAUCAGUCAUUUGUAUUUAAAUUAAAUAAUGAUAUUAAUAUAAGAAAAGAAGUUGAUUGUUCAAAAACUAUAGCAGAAGUCUUUUAUUCAAUAGGUUUUGAUGGUUAUUGUGAUGCUCAAGACUCUGACUUUGAUUUAUCUGAAUAUUUUGUUACAAAGUAUUAUAAUCAUAAAACACCCAUUAUGAUUAAGUUAUCACCUUUAUAUCUUAGUUCUGGUUUUAUUCCUGUUGACUAUUUUACUCAAUUCUUCCUUGUAUGUAAAUCAAUUCUUAUGUCAAAUAUCCAUGCAAUUUCCGUUAUCCCUUAUACCCAAAUGGCUGUUCUUAAUUUUUUAUUAUCAUCAAAUAUUACUAUUAAUCCAUUAUUAAAUGAUAUUAGUACUAUUGAACAUUAUCUUCUUUAUCAUUCUUUAGAACAAUUGGAACAAGAACAAACUAACCUGUAUCAUUCUCUUGGUGUUCAAACAAAGUCUUUCAUUCCUUUUCAUCUACAAGUAUUUUUAACACACAAGUUAUUAAUUCUCUUAGGCAAAAAAAUAGUUAAUUAUUCAAAGUUUCCAAAAUCUUAUUUGAUUCGUUGUUUUGUGACAGCACUAAGUGAGUGUGAAGGAAUUAAAACAAUAGGGAUUAUUGGUAAACAUUGUAAAGACCGUACUUUACUUUCUUUAGGAGAAGAUGGUGUUUAUAUAACAAAUUGUAGUGGAACUCUUCAAAAGAAAAUACAAUUAAACAGGAUAAGUAAAUGGAAGUCUGAGGGGAAAUCUUUUUAUAUUUUUGAAGGAAAUCCCGAAACUCAAUUUGCCUGUAUUGAAUUUGAUACUAAACAACAAGCAACUGAUACAGUUCGUGUUUUUAGUGAAUACACUGAUAAGUUAGCUAAACAAAGAAAUAAUGAUAAUCAACAACGAAAUAAUAUUGGAAAUGAUGAUCAACAAAGAAGAGACAUAUGA